AUGACCAGGUUUCCGGAUAGAAUGUUUGCCCUAGGCAACGAACCGGAGAAUAAGAAGGUGAACACCUACUUUCAGCUAACCUAUCUUGACACAAUCAGUUUUGCUCUCGAGGAAGACCAUAUGGAGAAGCUUUCAUUGUCUCAGUUUGGAAAACUGAUGGAAGCAGGUAACAAGAUUGCUUCAUCAGUUAGAUUCCUUCACUUUAUCUUGUCUCGGCAGCUAGUGACGAAGAAAAACAAAGAGCUUUGGUGUCUAUUCGCUGGCCAGCCAAUCCGUUUUUCUAUUAGGGAGUUUGCUAUUACGACAGGCCUUGAUUGCUCCAAGUUGCCACCUGCGAAAAAGCUCAAAGAAUACCAGGUCAAUGCCGAGACUAUUGAGUUGUUUGGUUCAGAGAAGAAUGCGACUCCUGGAUGGAUUGCAACAACACUUGCUGGCAGACCAUACAAGGACAAAGAGACUAGAUUUAAGCUAGCUUGCUUACUUCUUAUCGAUGGGAUUGUAUGCCCAACUUCUAGGAAUGCAAAGAUAAGUGCCGAGCACAUUAUGAUGGUGCAGGAUGUUGAUAAAUUCCUGGAAUAUCCAUGGGGUCGGAAAUCUUUUGAUUUGACCAUACACAGCAUCAAAACGAGGACGGCGACGACAUCUUACCUUUGCCAGCCGACGUGUGCAUUUCAGGGGUUUAUACAUGCAUUACAAAUGGUUAUUUUGGAAUGUGCUCCUGCUAUUCUCAAGAAGGAUCUGAAAGGAAAAUCAAGCGAACCUAAUUUGGUGGAUGAAGAGGAUGAGGACGACGAUACCCCCAGUAUACGUCCUGGUUCUAUGAAACCCGUAAACAUCUCAAUGCCGCAUGUCAAGUCUCUUGACAAGUCUCAGAAGGUGGCUGUGAAAUCAAUUUUGCCGGACGACGAGAAUAUUUUGGAUGAUACCGACUUGGAGCUGGAUGAUGAUGUCCUGGACGAAAGUGUUAACUUGAUUGCAGCAAUCAACGACGGGGUUAAGUUUUCAAGGAAAACUUGGAUUGGUGGUGAAAACGCAGGCGUUCAUCUAAAGAAUCCUAAGGCACCAUCUACAUCCUCCCGGAAUACACCUUCGGACGGGGAGUUCGAUUCUGCUUCGGCUGCGACAAUUGAUAAGGUUCUAGAUCCCAUUUCCAUCAUCGAAUCCGAGAUAAAAAGCUUUCGCGCAGAUUUCGGUGAUCUACGUACCGAAGUCUCUACCGCUCUGUCCACUUUUAAGCAACAACACCAGACUUUACCAGGGGCUUCAUCGGUAGUCAAGCCACCUUCUCAAACAAAGACUAAGAAGAGGGUUAAAUCAAUUCCAAUUCGCCAAAAGCAUGUUAGGUUCCAACAGAUUUCUUCUUCUGACGAGACUAAGUCAUCAGAUUCAUCUGAAGGCGAUGACAGUGAUAAGGUAACCAAAAACAAGGAAUCGGCCAGUUCUUCUACUGAUGGCGACGUUGCUGCCCAAGAAGACAGUGUAGAGGACGAAUGCGAGGGAUCUCGUGAUGCUGGAGACCAUGAAAGCCAACCGCAUGUUGGCGCUCACGAUGUCCAAGAUGAUGCAACACUCGCGCAAAGUCAAAUUGCUUCAGUGCUUUCUGAUUUAUCCGCAACUGUCCAAGUCAAUGUAGAUCCUUCCGAGAACCAGCCAUUUGAUCAAGUCAGUGAACCAAGCCGUGUGAACCCAGUUCAUUCACCCGUUAACCAUGCCAAGGAAGUCACGGAUCAGCAAAUGGGAGACGACGGCCAAGCAAAAGAUCAGAUUGCUUCUGUGCUUUUUGAUUUAUCCGCAACUGUCCAAGUCAAUGUAGAUCCUUCCGAGAACCAGCCAUUUGAUCAAGUCAGUGAACCAAGCCGUGUGAACCCAGUUCAUUCACCCGUUAACCAUGCCAAGGAAGUCACGGAUCAGCAAAUGGGAGACGACGGCCAAGCAAAAGAUCAGGAGUUCUUGGAGGAGCCCCCAAACCCCUACGAAGUAAACUUUGUUCACGCAUCCGUCGGAUCUCACUGUCAACAAGCACCUGUUGUGGCAACCGAGCAAACAGACGUCAACAAAGAUGCCCCCCCUAAGGAGGACACUCCGGAAGAUGCCUUGACUGCUGUCGAAGAGAACCAAGUUAUUGCCCCACUCGACCCUCGAGUGUUGGGUGAUAUUGAUCCUCCUGGUUGGUCUCUUGGUCUCACACAGGAAGAGAAGAAUAUGGCUCAAACCUCGAAGAAGGGUGAAGAAGCACAGCUACCUACUUGUAAGAGUAAACGACUACCCGUGCCUUCAACACAGAUGUCCGACUUUGUAGUCCCUCGACCUAAGCGUGUUAAGAAGAAUGUGAACCCAUUACAGCUGUCUCACUUCUUUCCAACACCCAAUUUUGAGCAAGUAAUUCUCCUCCAAAAUAGAAUGAAGGACAAUCGGAAUUUGCCAAGAUGGGAUGGCGUAACCCUCUCUGUGAACAUCUUGAAAGAGAUCGUGGACUUAAAAUUCCCGAUUUCAGUUGUGUCUAUCAACAGCAUCAUUAGGUUAUUGCGUCAUCAAUUGUCGGAACUGAACGACGAUCAAUGCACUUACGAUUUCGUUGAGUACACGUUUCUUCAUGGCAUCAUUCAGCUCCAUCAGCAGUUUACCAAUCCCUCUAAAAAGAAACUUGUCGCACUCCCAUCUGGUUCAGCUGCGUAUGUGAAAGCGAGGCGCUCAUGGUACACACAGGUCGCUCGCAUUUAUUGCCCCUACCAAGUCGACGACAGGUACUGGGUGGGCCUAUGCACUACCCAGUAA